GGGGCCGCGCAGGCGCGAUGGCGGCGCGGGCAGCGAUGGCGGCGGGCGGCGGGGCUCGGCCCGCGGUGGUGCUGGGCGCGAUGGAGAUGGGCCGGCGAGCCGGGCCCGAGGCGAGCGCCGAGCUGCUGCGAGCCUUCCUGCGCCGCCGCUACCGCCUCCUCGACACCGCCUUCAUGUACGCGGGCGGCGAGUCCGAGCGCAUCCUGGGCGCGCUGCUGGCCGGCGGCACCGAGCCCGUGGAAGUGGCCACCAAGGCCAACCCGUGGGAUGGGAAGACGCUGAGGCCGGAGAGCGUGCGCUCGCAGCUGGACACGUCCCUGCAGAGGCUGCAGAGGACGAGUGUGGAGCUCUUCUACCUGCACGCUCCUGACCACGGCACCCCGGUGGAGGAGACCCUGCGUACCUGCAAUGAGCUGCACAAAGAGGGGAAGUUUAAAGAGCUUGGCCUGUCAAACUAUGCUGCGUGGGAGGUGGCAGAAAUCUGUGCCAUCUGCAAGUACAACAAAUGGGUGAUGCCAACUGUGUACCAGGGAAUGUACAACGCGACCACUCGCCAGGUGGAGACCGAGCUGUUCCCCUGCCUGAGGCACUUCGGGCUGCGCUUCUACGCCUACAACCCUCUGGCAGGGGGGCUGCUGACCGGCAAGUACAAGUAUGAGGACAAAGACACGCGCCAGCCCACUGGGAGAUUUUUUGGGAAUGACUGGGCUCAGGCCUACAGGGACAGAUAUUGGAAAAAACACAAUUUUGAGGGAAUUGCACUGGUAGAAAAAGCUCUGAAAGAGGCUUAUGGCUCCACUGCACCCAGCCUGGCAUCUGCUGCCCUGCGCUGGCUCUACAACCACUCCAAACUGCAGGGUUCUCUUGGAGAUGCAGUGAUCAUUGGGAUGUCCAACUUGGAGCAGCUGGAGCAGAACCUGGACUACAGCGAGGAGGGUCCCCUGCUGCCGGCCGUGGUGCAGGCGUUUGACGAGGCCUGGAACCUGAGCGCACACGACUGCCCCAACUACUUCCGCUAGGGAGCGCUGGGACAGCGGCCCAGCCCCGCAGAGGUACCGCCCUCCCUGCCCUCCCAGCCACGCCUGGAGGCCUGCAGGUUUCUCCUCAAUCAAUGAAGCUUUGUAGGAUCCACACCCGUGCCUUGGUCCUCCCUCCUGGCUCCCCCAGCACAGCCUGUGAUUCGGGAUGCAGCUGAUCAGGAAAAUGAACAUGUUAAUGAGGUGAAGGCCCCUGUUGUGCUUUAAUGUGAAAUCUUAAAUAAUUACAUACAAGAAUAAAACCUCUUUCUAGUGCAGACCCCAUGUCUGACCUGUACCUGGAACCUGGCAUCUCUGGCAGCACUUGGGGACUUGGAAUCACAGAAUUUCAGGAUGGUUUGGGUUGGACGGUGCUUAAAUCUCAUCUUGUUCCACCCCCUGCCAUGGGCAGGGACAUCUUCUACUAUCCCAGGAUGCUCCAAGACCCAUCCAGCCUGGCCUUGGACACUGCCAGGGAUACAAAGUCCCAAGGAUUGAGCUAAGUAUCUUCUUCUGUGUCAGCAUCUUUAAAGUUCCAUUACAUUUACACUCUUUCUGCCCAGUUUGAGCUCACAUUCCCUCAGAUCCCAGAAUACACCAACAGUAACAGGCAGAGCAACAACCAUCUGAAGUUUCACAUAGAUAUUUAUAUAAAUAUAAAAAAAAGCAUAGCUAGGUCAUUGUAUAUGAAGAUCAUCCCAGUCCAGGUGCAUCCAGGGAAGGGAAAUGUCCUCCUCUUUUUGUCCCUAAAAUAGAACUGUCUGGUGUCCAAGCUGUUAGUCCUCAUUGCUGCCAUCAUCAUCAUCCUCUUCCUCUUCCUCCUCCUCUGCUGUGUCUUCCACGAGCUUCUGGAAGUCUCCAGUCUCAGAAUUCCACAGGAACUUCAUGGUGACUUUAAACUCUGCCAUCUCGUAGCCAAAGAGUUUCUAGGAGAGGACACAAAUCUAUUCCUGCUUUUCUGUCCCUGUGCCCAGCCUAGCAAAACAGUGAAUUCUGCUUCUGAGUGGGAAGUGGAGCAAAGCAGGAACCAAAAUAAUGGCUGCUAAGUUUUAGGAGUUGUGUUAAUUAAUGAAUAGUAAUUUUGCGUCUGGAA